CUAUUGGCUGACAAGGGCCGAGUAAAAAAAAAAAAAAAAAAAGGCUAGAGAGAAACACACAGUGCAGCCCUCACUGCUGUUAGACUUCACUCUGCUGCAGCUUAAACGUGACUUCCAGCAUUUGCUUUUUUAAUUAUAAUUCUUAUUUAUGCACACACCCCUUUUUUUUUUCUAGAACCAGAAGCCCCCGGAUUCCAUUCAUGUGCAGGAUGUAGCUUUUUAUCCUGAACCAAACUAUGUUACGUUUGCAUUGGAGACUGUGAAUAUAAACAAAACACACGGAGGAAAAAAAAAAGCACAGGGCGUCGGUUUUUUUUUAUGUUCAAAUUUUCCACGAUGGUUAUUUUAUUAAAGGGAUUUUUCGUGGGUAUCGAUCGCCUUUUCUUCUGAGGGGGGAUUGGUCUCAAGGUGAAUCUGUUGACCGAGACAGAGAAGAGGAAAUCAAGAAUCGGAUUAUAAAAGCAGCCGGAAUAUCUUGUUUAGGCGAUUAAUGUUGAACCGUGCUGUUCAUUCAUGAGGCAAUUGUACCCCGGUCUCGAUAACAGGAUGAGCAAGGAAAGGCCCAAGAGGAAUAUCAUCCAGAAGAGAUAUGAUGACAGUGAUGGUAUUCCAUGGUCGGAAGAAAGGGUGGUGCGGAAGGUGCUUUACUUGUCUCUCAAAGAGUUUAAGACGGCACGAAAGAGACAAAGUGAUGACUGCAUUAACGGAAGCUUCAAAACUCCUAAUGGUCUCCUCCUUAAUCGAAAAACGAAGGGAUCAGUGCAAUCAUCAGAAAAUGAAAAAGAUGAUACAUCACAAGGGUCUUCACACACCAACAGUGUAACUUCAUCAGACUCAGAAGAUGGGCCAGUGAGGAAAAGGCCAAGGCUGCAAGCACAAAGAAAAUUUGCCCAAUCCCAGCCAAACAGUCCGAGCACAACCCCCAUCAAAAUUGUGGAGCCAUUGCUACACCCUCCUGUUACUCAAAUGUCAGACCUCUCCAAACGCAAGCCCAAGACUGAAGAUUUCCUCACGUUUCUGUGUCUUAGAGGUUCUCCUGCUUUGCCUAGCAAGAUGGUAUAUUUUGGAACCUCUCAAGAUGAAGAGGAAAUUGAAGAUGAUGAUGAUGCAGGGUUUGAGGACACAAAAACAACCAACACUUCAUCAUCAUGCCAUUCAACACCUCGGAAAAAAAAAAUGCGAAAGCAUGUAACCAAUGGACACGUUUUCAAUGGGUCUUGUAAAUCAUCAAAGGAGAAAGAGACUCCCCAGAGACACAAAAGCAAAGAGGCCACGCCAGGGAAGGAAAGGAACAGUGAACAGAAAGCUGAGAGCCGGAGAGAGUCUGCUGCUGCUAACCAUCAACCUGCUUCCAACAUGGGCUCCUCUGCCAAAGGGCUCACUGCUAAUAACCAUCAUAGUCAUCUUCGAUCGGCUCAGGUCUUAAGGAAACAGGUUUCCAAGGUGAAUGGAGUAACCCGAUUAUCAUCAUUGGGUUCUAAUGCAGUCGGUGCCAAAAAGACAAGAGAAGUGAGACCUACACCCUCCAAAACUGUGAAGUAUACCGCAAGGGUGACUAAGGGGACUGUCACAUACACCAAAGCCAAGAAAGAACUGGAUAAGGCCGCCAAACAGAAUCACAACAAAACCAGUUCAUCUGUUCACCACAAAAUCUCAGGGACCACAGAAAGCAGCAAUGCAAAAACUCGUAAACAGGUGCUAUCUCUUUCUACAUCCAGGGCCAACUGUGCCGCUGUUCUUAACUGUGUAAAGGUGAAUGGCAAACUUAACAAAAGAACCUGCAGUAGGGAGGAAGGGAGGCAACUAAGGGAGGGACUGCGUAACUCAAAAAGGCGUCUAGAAGAGGCAAACCUUCCUGCCAAGGCACAGCCUUUGCUAAAGAAAAUUAAAGUAUCCGCCUGCUUGCCAGAGGUCAGAAGCAAAAGGCUAGCAGUGGAGAAACAGGUGCUGAAUGGACACUUAAAAAAAGAAGUGCCAGAGAAGAUGCUGGAAAGAAAUAGGCCGAAGCGGGCCUCAGCAGCCAGGAGCUCACCAGUUCCACAACCUGGUGGUAAGGCAGAAGAUACUGGCUGUGAAAAUCGCUCUACCUCCCCCAGUGAUUCCCCCCCAAAAUCUCUGGACUCUGCAAAGCUGGAUAAAAAUGUUGGGAGGGCAAGGUGCACAGCCAUGUGUGAGAUCCCUGUCCUCAGACCCUCUGUCAAGGAGUUUCAUGACCCCUUGAUUUAUAUUGAAUCCAUCCGAGCCCGAGUGGAGAAGUAUGGGAUGUGCACUGUGAUCCCACCUGCUGACUGGAGACCAGAGUGCAAGCUGAAUGAUGAGAUGAGAUUUGUUACACAAAUUCAACACAUCCACAAGCUUGGGCGACGUUGGGGUCCAAAUGUAAGGCGCUUGGCCUGCAUUAAGAAGCACCUCAAAUAUCAGGGCAUCACAUUGGAUGAACUCCCUCUCAUAGGAGGCUGUGAGCUAGAUUUAGCCCAGUUUUUCCAACUUAUCAAUGAAAUGGGUGGCAUGCAACAAGUGACUGACCUUAAGAAAUGGAACAAACUGGCUGACAUGCUACGCAUCCCGAAAACUGCACAGGAUCGUCUGGCAAAGCUGCAAGAGGCCUACUGUCAGUACCUGCUCUCCUAUGACUCCCUUUCCCCUGAGGAGCACAAGAAUCUGGAGAAGGAUGUUCUGCGGGAAAAAGAAAAUCUGGAAAAGAAGAAAGGUCCACUGGAGAGUCACUCAGACAAUGCCUAUAAGUUACAUUUGCUCCCCAGAUACGAGCCCAAAAAUGGACUCAUAAAUGGAGUGGUGCAACGCAAUGGUCUCAGAGGCAAGCUGAAAGAAAUGGAUGUCCAAGUGAAAAAUGGCAGACGAAGACUGUUUACUCAAGAAAAAGAGAGUGCAGAGGAAGAGCCAGAAGACAAGAGUUUAUUUGGUGAACUGCAUAAAUGUAUCUACAAGGGAAGGUCUGUCUCUCUCACCACAUUCUACAGGACAGCGAGGAACGUCAUGAACAUGUGCUUCAAUAAGGAGCCAACUGUAUCUGAGGUUGAGCAAGAAUAUUGGCAUAUUGUGGAACAGAAGAACUGCCAUGUAGCUGUGCACUGUGGAAAGGUUGACACAAAGACUCAUGGAAGUGGAUUCCCUGUGGGUAAAGCAGAACCUUUUUCAAGGCAUGGGUGGAAUCUCAAUGUCCUUCCUAAUAAUUCAGGAUCCAUCCUUAGACACCUUGGUGCUGUACCUGGAGUGACCAUUCCUUGGCUUAAUAUUGGCAUGGUUUUUUCUACCUCAUGCUGGUCUCGGGACCAAAAUCACCUUCCAUAUAUUGACUACUUACACACUGGUGCUGAUUGCAUUUGGUAUUGCAUUCCUGCUGAGGAAGAGCGCAAACUUGAGAAAGUGGUACACACUCUACUACAAGCCAAUGGUACUCCUGGUUUGCAAAUGCUUGAAAGUAACGUAAUGAUUUCCCCAGAGAUGCUUUGCAAAGAGGGGAUCAAGGUGCAUCGUACUGUACAGAAAAGUGGACAGUUUGUUGUCUGCUUCCCAGGAUCCUUUGUGUCAAAAGUGUGCUGUGGAUACAGUGUUUCUGAAACUGUGCACUUUGCUACCACCCAGUGGACAAGUAUGGGCUUUAAAACUGCCAUGGAGAUGAAACGUCGCCACAUAGCAAAGCCUUUCUCCAUGGAAAAAUUACUGUAUCAGAUUGCAACAGUGGAAGCAAAGAAAGAAAACAGCCCGACUCUGAGUGUAAUUUCCACUCUACUCCGUGAGCUCAGGGACAUAGAACUACGGCAACGGCAGCAACUGUUUGAGGCGGGCCUGCACUCUUCAGCUCGGUAUGGCAGUCAUGAUAUCAGCAGCUCAUCUUUGUACGGAAAGAAAAGGCCUCGAAAAUGGCUCCAACUUGAGUCUUCAGAGAGAAGAUGUCAGAUUUGCCAGCACCUGUGUUACCUGUCCAUGGUUGUACAGGAAAACGAGAAUGUUGUAUUUUGCUUGGAGUGUGCACUGUGGCAUGUGGAGAAACAGAAAUCCUGUCGUGGAUUGAAGUUGAUGUAUCGUUAUGAUGAGGAGCAGAUUAAAAGUCUAGUCAAUCAGAUCUGUGGGAAAGUCUCUGGUAAAAAUAACAGCAAUGAGAACUGCCCGAUGAACUGUACACCAAAAAGAGGACCUAGAAAGCGAGCCACACUUGAUAUGCCAUCAUCCAGAUUCUCAUCAUCUUUGUCCAAAAGUGCUUCUUCCUGAAGAUGCCAACACUCAACUCAUUUCUCAAAUCCUGAAUAUAUAUAUAUAUAUAUAUAUUUUUUUUUUUUUUAACUUUACCCUAGUUUGGAGUACUUGCUGUAGAAUACAGGCUGUCUUUGCACUAGCUCUAAGAAGAUUUUUUUCUUCUGGUUUUAGACAAGUAACUUUGUUUUAGCAUUAAACUGUUGAUUUCUAUUUCUUCCCACCCCAUUUUUUGGGUUUUGUAUGGAAAACUGCAGUUGGAAUUUUAAAGCUGCAGUAUCGUUGCUGUUUUAUGGCAGUCUUAGGAGGUGCUCUAUUUUUGAAGCUGCCCUGGGGACUGUACAGUUUAAAAAAAAAAAAAAAGCCUUUCUUGAGAACGGAGCUUGUAAUAAAAAGGCUUUUUAAACCAUUUUUGAUAAGUUGAAGUUUGGUGUGUUUUUUGUAUUACUUUAUCCAGUCAAGGGAGCAGUUUUUUUCUAGAAAGAAAGAAGUGAAAACUUGAACAUGCCUGCUUUUACUUGGCCGUGUUUCAUUCUGUCAUGUGCAAGAUGAGUUUUGUAUUUUUUUUAAUUGGGAAUUAAAAUAUAUAUUAAAAAAAAACAAAAACAAACAAAAAAUCUAUGGAUGGGGUGGCAGCUGAAGAUGGACUUUGUGAAGAACCAGAGGCAAAAUGCUGAGAUCUGAGAAAGUUUCUCUUACCAGCACAUCUCUAUGCAUCUGUUAAAGGAGAAGUAGGAUAUUUCCAUUGGACUCAAGCUCUGCCUGCCUGGUACAAGUCAUGUAAUGGUGGGGUGGGAUUAUAAACUGUGCCUGAUUUCAUAAGGAAUCCAUUCUGUUAUUUUUGGUGCUGUUGGCUACUUUAUCACAAAGAAGAAAGAAAAGAAAAAAACUUCAAUAGCAUCCUUUUGAAAAAACAAAAGGAAACAAAGGAAUUUAAAAUAUAUAUAUAAAGUGGUUGAAGCCAGAAGUGCUUCAUUGUCAUAGAUGUGCAAUCUCUCUAACAUUCCAUUUUCAUUCCACUGCUGUCUCAACACAUCACACAAUCAGCAUUAAUAUAAAUAUAUAUUUUUUUUGUUGUAAAAAAAAAAAAAAAAAAAGCCCACUCUGUUGUAAAUACUAGCAAUGUAUAUCUUUACUGCCCCUUGUGGCAGAGAUGGAAUUACUUCAGUGAACACCAUUUUAGAGCCACUAGGUCUGAAUUAUGUUUCCUUGAUGUGAAUGUGAAAAUUAAUUUUUCUGAAUUUUUCCCCCUUUUUAUUUUUUAUUUUUGUGUUACCGCAAGAGAAAAAAAAAACAAAACAAAAAAAUCUAAUCCAAACCCGUUUGUUUGUUUGUAUAUAUGCCUGUAAAUUUUUUUAAAUACUUGAGCCUUCUUUUGGGGAUUGGGGUGGAUAGGGGACGGUGAGAAGACAAGAUGAAGAAAAAGCCUUAUGUUUCAGUUUCUUCAUCGGAUGGUUUGGAUGCUUACAGGGUUCUUCUUGUGACAUAUAUACAAGUGCUGCUUACAUCACUGUCUGCUCCCUUGCUGUGCUUGUUUGUGGGACUACGAGAUUAAGAAAAAAAGGAAAAUAUUUUCACAAAUCUGCUCUGUUUCACGAUAGAAAGAAAACUAAGAAAUCAACCUGUAGCUGCCCAUAUUGCACUGAACUCGACAGUGGUAAUUAUUGCGGGAGAAUCCUUAAUACAGUUUGUUGGUUGUUGUUGCGGAAGACUGGUCUUUUUUGUUUUUGCUUCUUUCCCCUUCAUUUUUUUUUUCAUAUUUAACAACUGCAUAUGAGUCGUGUUUCUGAUGUGGUUGUCCAGUUUUAUGGCCUUGCUGUGUACAUUUCUCCCUCUUACAAUAAAUUCCAUGACUACGGCUUACAGGCUGCCAUUUAAUUUAUUAGCACCGCUUUUCCUCCAUGUUGUUUAUUGACAGUUUUGUUUACUUUUCAGGUUUGUACAACAAGGUUUAAUAAUGAAUAAAAACAACCUUUUUUUGAAUUUUGACUUUUACUUUUUGUUUCCCAGCUACAAAAGCUGAACCUUUUUUUUUCUUUCUGUUUUUUUUUCAACCACUGAAAAUAAAAUACAAGAAUCCUGGUGAAAUGCCACAGACUAAAUACAGUGACUGUAAUAAUUUAUGUUCUUAAAGCAAGAUAUCACUUUAAAUUCGGCUUUUCCAAAAUAUUGCCUGAAGCAGUUUCCAGAGGGACCACUUUAAUUCACUCCAUAAAGUACCCUUGAUAGACCUAGUUAAUGGGCUCUAGACAUCCUGCCUCUUAGGGUUACAACAAUAAGAAUUGCUCAUGCAUUCCUUGAUUGGAAGACAAACUAGCCAAUCUCUGCACUUUCUGCUUUAAUAUUCCCCAGAGCAUUUGGUAGUAGGUAUAACAGAGAGUAGUGAAAAGAUACGUUAGAAAACAUAUUUUGUCUCAUCCAUGGAGGGAAUAAGUGAUAGAUGGUGUCUCUGUGAAGAAUAAAGAAAUAUAGGGAGGAACACAAUAAAAUUGGGAGGGGCAUGAUUAAAAUAUUCAUGAUACAAUCCAAAAAAUGGAUAGAAAAAUGCUGUAGGGAAUGCAUAUAAAUGUGUUCCCCAGUCCUGCUGGCUGUGGCAUCUGUAACUGUUGGUGCUUUAUUCUAUAAUAAUGUUUUUGUAGUCAUCUAGUUUGGUUGCAAAAUGCAGUUGGACUUGAUUAUAUGGGAGUCUCAUGGUGCUAAUGUACAGCCUUCGUUUCCCAGGCUUGUUUUGGCCAAGCCCGUGCUUCCAGCUUGCAUAUUUGCCAGUACAAUACUAUAUGUUCUGACAUAAACAAAGGAGUGUAAAGAGAAGAAUGUAAUGAUCAUGUAAAAUUACAAGCACUAUUCCUAUCAUGGAAUGAAUCUGGAAUGCCUUUGCGUGCAGUUUAGGGUUAAAAGUCGUAGCGUUGUUAAUUAUGGUAGGUUUGUGCAAAAUAAAAGGGCAAUUUUGCUUCUUCGACAGGCAGACAAAAUGUAUACGUUGAAUAUGACAUAUUUCAGCUACUUUGCCCUUUAGAGAACUGCUAUCACUGCUCCCUGUGGUUCCUGGUGCCCACCAUAUAACUGACACAGGCAAAAGCCAUAAAUAUUACUGUUACACUUUAUGAUUCUCUGGUAUCAAUAGGAAACCUGGCUUAACCGAGUGAGUGACUUGUUGCAAAUGUUCCAAAAAGUGCACACUGUUUGCAAUUAUUUAAGCUGUGUUAUUUAUUUAUAAUCAUUUCCAUUUUCUCUGCUUUAAUAAGUUGGCUCCAAGUGGGGCUGCUCCUGUUGUGUAACUGCACACUUCCGCUUUUUAUUUGUAGGAAAGAAUGAUCUAGGCUUCGUGCAAAGUCCCUUUGCUCUUGUGUAAUGCACCACUGCUUUACGGAAUGUGAAUAUGUAGGCAUAUUAUAUCCAGUAAUACAUAUGUGUCUAUGUGGAUAUGAUACAUGCUUGGAAAGUGUUGUUCGAUCAGGGAUCAUUUUUGUCUAUUUUUUUAUGCUCUUGUUUACAUCAUUUUCACCUUUUAGUACAAACAGUAUUUAAUCCUAAAUUAUUUUGGUUGUAUAUGUUCCCUUUAGUUCCUCACUUCGCGUACAGUUUGACUAUAUUUAAAGUUAGCAGUUGAAAUGAUCCGUAUAUUUGCCAGGCAUCUCCAAUAAUUUCUAAUGAGUCAAAUAACUAUUGUAUCCAGAUUUUAAGAAAAAUCCCUGUGUUAACAAAAUUUCAGAUUUGGUGGCACCAUAACAUUUACAACUCUGUGUAUCAAGCAUUUUUGGCCUGUGUCGUACAAGAAGAUUAGCAGCUGGUAGUUGGCUGGAAAGAGAUUGUUUAUUGUGGAGUAAGCAAUCAGUUCUACCCCAAGGGCAAAUCAUAUUUCUAGCCAGUAGGAGCGGCUAAUCUCCCUGCGUGUUACAAACCUUACCAAACCGCUAACAUAGCUUCAUGAGAAUCCUUAAUCUGUUUAACCAGUCCAUUUCACACUUCAUUCAUUUACUUUUUUUGCAAGAGGUGGUCAUUUUAACCAAUGAGAAGUUUGAAAAUCUGUCAGUCAGUCAUAUUGUUUCCAAUUCAAUGUAAUGCGUGAUUGUUCAUUUCAGUUGCAAAACAAAUGUUGUUUGGACAAUCAAAAGCCUUUUACUCUUCAACCAAUAAAAAAAAAAUGUAAGUCUGAA